AUGCAAGCUGCCAGGCCCUCUGUUGCCAGGCAGGACACGUUCGACCUGCGCGAUCAAAUACUUGCAGAUGAUCACAACAGCCAGGUCAUGGACCACGUCUACUCCGACGAGGAACAUUCUGUCCUUGAGGACGACUCUGACACUGAGGACCACGAUGGGGACUACAUGGACGACGAUGACGGCUCCUCGUCGCUCUCAAUACCGAACGAAUCUAUUGACUUUGAUCUGGUCUACGCAUUGCACAGUUUCGCAGCCACCGUCGAGGGCCAGGCGAACGUCGUAAAGGGAGACAGUCUCUUUCUGAUGGACGACAGCAACAGCUACUGGUGGCUUGUGCGUGUCCUCAAGACCCAGGAGGUAGGCUAUAUCCCGGCUGAAAACAUCGAGACGCCCUUUGAGCGUCUGGCCAGGCUGAACAAGCACCGCAAUGUAGAUCUGGCCUCUGCGACUCAAGCUGAGAAGGCUGAGAAGGAGGAGACCCUUGACUCUUCGCGUGACAGUCAUGAUACGCCCUCGCCUGCCACCAACGCGCUUCACCGCUAUCCACCAGCCGUUUGGGGAGAUGAAGAGGAUGAGGAUGAGGACGUCGAGUGGGAUGAUGAGGGAUACGAGGACGAGGACCCUGAACUGGCGGAGGAGUCGGAGGAGCGCGAGCGUGCGGGGCAGGACGACGGUGCACCAGGUCUCAUGUCUAUGGAGCCUGAUGAUGGAAUGAGCUGGGAGGAGGGUGCUGUAGAAGAGAUGCAGGCAAAGGAACGCGUUCGCUUAGCUGCGGCCGCCGAAGCGGAGCGUCAGCGCCUACAGCAGGAGCAGCUCGCACAACGGCAGCAAGAGCAGCGGGAACGAGAAUUGCAAGCCAAAGCAGUACAGCAGCAGUCCUCGCGGGAGGAGUUCACCGUGGUGGACGUAGUAUCCACAUCGCCGUCGCGCCCGUUGGAUCCUGCUCAAGUCACUGAGACGCGCAAGAUCUCGAUGACCCCUCCUGUAGCUCGGGUCGAUGAGCCUGGCUCACAACUAUCACAGCAGUCGUCAUCGUCAAGCAAUGGGUUUGUCACCAUUGUCCGCCGGCAAUCUGAUGAGCGAAAACGCAGUCGUGAAGAACAGGAGGCACAGGAGGACGCGGCUCGCAAACGGGCGAAUGUCAGCACAGGAGUGAAGGCUGCGCCUGUAUCCUCUUCCGGGAGCAGAUCGAGUGGUGGAGCCAAGCUGCGCAAGGAGCGCGAUUCAACUGCAGAUGACGAGGGCGGAAAGGAGAAGGACAAGAAGAAGAAGGGUGGGAGUGUAUUUGGCAGUAUCUUCGGGCGGAAGAAAGACAAGGAUAAGGGCAAGGAUAAGAGCGCCGACAGCUCAAGUGGCACAAGCGGCGGCAGCAUCGACAAGGACUAUGCGCGCGAGUCGGAGGAGUCUGGCAAAUCUCUCAGGGAAAACAAUGCGGUCUCGUCUGUGCCGGUAGAGCCUUCGUCACCAGUCACCGCGAUUGCGAGGCAGCAGCAGAAUGGCUACCGUGCCUCGGAGGACAGCCAGCUUCGUCGCUCGCAGUCGUCUGAGCAGCAGGGACCGAAGCCUCCACCCCAGGCCGCUAUGGUGCAGAUCUCACAGCAUGCAUCACAGCUGCGGCAGCGCGACCAGCAGCAGCAGGCGCUCUAUCAGCAGUAUCUCAAUCGCUCUCCGUCGAGCCCACCCGAUGCGCAGCCGUCAUAUGGAUUGCAAUCAGCCUCUGCAGUGCUUCCCGGCUCAAAUUCCUUCGCCUCAUCUGUGAGCACAGCUUCUGGUUUGGUCGUGAGUGGCUCACGCGCUCGCCCUGGCUCCCUCGUGUUGUCACCCUCUACGGUCGACGGGCAAGGUGUUGGUAUGUUGCCUGACCUGAGUGUGGUUCGCGUCUUCGCGGGGGAAAACCUGCAAACGGAGGCCACGUUCAAGACUGUCCUGCUCAACGCGUCCACGACUGCGUCCGACCUCGUGCGCCAGGCCAUCCAGCGCUUUAGGUUGCCGGCAGGUGAGGAAGAAUCAGGAUAUUAUCUCACCAUCAAGCAGGUGGAAGGCUCUUCUGCGACGUUGCUCCCCCACGAGAAGCCGCUUGGCGUAUUUGAGUCCCUCGUGGAGGCUGCGCUGGAACUGCCAAAGGUGAAGCGGAGUAGCGUGGGCAGUAUCAGCUCUGUGGCGAGCAACUUGUCCAUGCACCCGGCGAUUAAGAAGCUGCCGAUGAACGAUUUCACGGAUGAUUCUGCGGUCAAAUUCUACCUCAACAGGAAGGGUCACGAUGAUGAGCAUGCCGAUGGAGAGACUAGCGACUCGGUGCUCACGGAGAGUCCCCGAGAGGAGGAGGGCAGCCUGAGCUCUCCAAGGUUGCAGUACCUCAGUGUUGGCAAUGGUGCUUCGGGCGUCACGGAGCGAUUUAGCUCGCCGUCGUACAGGUUUGCGCUGCAGCUCGUUAUAUACCCCGACGACCUGCCCGACGACAUGGUAUUUGACCCUCUUACUGAGGCCAUUGUCUUCAAGGAUACCCUGCGCGACCGGCCACAAGCUGGCAUCAUGGUGUCAUCGGGCAUCUCACAGGCGAUGCGGAAGAAGGUCUUCGUGUUCCCGAAAAAUGUGACAGUAGCCGAGGUGAUCGAACUGGGCUUGGAACGAUUCGGCAUCCUUGAUGGGGUAGUUGAUGGCGGAGAUGAGAUUGAAGACAAGCUCAACAAGCGCAGAAGUUCCUCUCGAGUGAGAUAUGGACUUGCGAUCAAUUCCGGGAGUAAAGAGCGCGAGCUGUCGCCGUCGAGCAAAGUCAUCGAGGCCUUCCCUCGUCCGCCCGCUUACCGCGCUGUUGAGCGGCAAUCCGGUGGCAAACGACGGUCGAUUGACUCCGCUCAGCUUUUACUGGGCAAUAUGGAUGACGUCCAACCGGACGAUCCCAUCUUCAUUUUGCGUCGUGCAGUUGCAUACCGCACGUCAACCUCGCGCCACAGGCUUUCUGCACCGUUGGAUGAGAUUGCGCUGCAGCAUCUGCACCGUGACUCUGUAGCAAGCUCGAGUGUUGCUUCGGAUUCUACGGCGGGCCCUUCUGAGGAUGCGAGGUCACAGACGUCUCAGACUUCAAAGCAAGCCAUCAUCGCUGCGCAGCGCGCGGCCACUCGUGCAAGUCAGCGGGCUAUCCUGUCCGCGCAACCCAAUUCCGCUCGUGGCCUCGAUGUCCUCCUUCCUGGUAAUGCCUUGAUCCGUAGCUCCAGAUAUGAGCUUGACGACAGGAUGCGCUACUCUUACGUCGAGCCUGAUGGUGAGACGUACGAUAUUAGCGAGAUCGUGGAGGAGGAAUGGCGCAGUGAAGUUGGGCCGAUGGGCUCAAGGACGAACAGCAAUGCUGAUGAUCUGCUACAUGGUGUCCUUGCUCGAGGAAAGGACGGGCUUGGGGCCAAGCUUGAACGCGUGUUGAGCAAGAUUAAGCACGAGAAGGGCGCUGGCCGCACUCCCGUGGCGGAAUUUACGUCGGGUGCUGCUACCGACUCGCUCAGCUCGGCCUUGUCAACAUCGCCUUCAGUUUAUUCAACAACAGAUGCCAGUGUCGAAAAGAGUGGGUCGCGGACGGCGACGCCUAUCGCCCAGCCCUCGCACGGUAGAUCUUCGUCGGCGGCUACAAAUGCUAUUCAGCAUACCCCAUCUCCCAUCUCACGCCUUUCCAGUUACCGCACAGCAAGCUCGGGAGAGUCUGACACUCACUCCGGCACUCGCAGUAUCACCCCUAACGCCAGUCAAUGGAAGGCGCCUCCCCAUGUCAGACAGAACUCCGCGCUGUCGGACGUGUCCGUGUAUCGGACAGCGACUCCCAACACGCCCACCCCACCGGCUGCUCGCUUGCAGCCGUCACCUGAGCAGACACGCUCCUCCCCCUUAGUUUUGCCACGGGACGACUUCGGACUGUCGUAUAUGAUGGCGUUGAUUGAUUUGACGGCAUCGGAAAACAUCCCUGCUCAGUCACUACCGCAGGAUUCGGUGGAUGAGUUGCUUUUCGGCAAACAAAUUGAUACCAACGAGCUCCAUCCUCAAGUACUAGAUAUUUAUUCCAACACAUUCAAGCAAUUGGACGAGAUGGACGAGAUGCUUGACAAAUUAUUGCACCAUGCAAUCCCUUCCUGUUGA